UAAGGGAGUUCUUCCGGCGUGGUUGCAGAGUAUGGCUGAUAUCAAACUAUCAUCUUCCAUGGAUUCUAUCUCACCACCAUCGUCAGUUGUUUUCCAAGAUAACCCAAAACUUGAAGCCGGAGCUGCUAAUUUACACAUGAUGCACAUGAUGGAGCUUGGCCUUUCCUCUCAACCCAUGGACUGGAAUCAAGCUUUUAUCCGUGGGGAGAAGAAUGAGCAUAGUUUCAAAUCCAUGCUCGAAGAACAUAAUCUGGAAACUUCAUCUGUUAUCAAUAUGGAUUCAACAGCUUUAUAUGGGAGUUCUUCAUCUAUUCUGCAAGGAUUCAUUUUGGAGUCUGAAAACAAUAAAGUCCACGAGAGUCGUUCGGUCAAUGAUUAUCAAUAUGGGAUGAACAGUAAUGAUCAUCAUCAACUGUCGCCUAAUUCUUGGUCUAAAGUCCCUCAAUUCUUGAGAAAUUAUCCUACAAAACAUGGACAAUUACAUUUCUCAAAUAAUGCUCCUUUUUGGAAUCCAUCUGCAGCGGCGGCUGAUCAUAAUGUCAGGCCGCCUGGGUUUCUCCCAUCACUGCAAACCCAGAUUCAAACAACAAAUUUCGAUGAAAAGCCAAAGAAUACAUCUGAGGCUCGAGACUCAAGCACUGUCGUGAAGAAAAGUGGAAACGAAGCCUCAUGUAAAAGGCCUCGAAGUGAAACCCCAUCUUUGCCCGCUUUCAAGGGGAGAAAAGAGAAGAUGGGAGAUAGAAUCUCUGCACUCCAACAAUUGGUUUCACCUUUUGGAAAAACUGAUACGGCCUCGGUGCUGUCAGAAGCCAUUGAGUACAUAAAAUCCCUCCAUGAUCAAGUCAAUGUUUUAAGUACUCCAUACAUGAAAAAUGGAGCUGCCACUCAAUAUCAUCACCAGAACUGUGAGAAGUCCAUGGACCUAAGAAACCGGGGACUGUGCCUCGUUCCAGUCUCGAGCACGUUUCCGGUGACACACGAGUCUACGGUGGAUUUCUGGACACCGACAUUUGGGGGAACAUUCAGGUAGGAACGAAGAUAAAACUGUGGAUUAGGGUUAUUCAGGUAGGAGACCAUUGGAAAACAGUAAUUUGUUUGUAAUCAUUUAAGAAUAAUCACUAUGAACAAGUUAUAUUGGAUUAGGGAUAUUGAGAAUUGAAAAACAAUU